AACGCGAAUGGAGGCCGUUGGUGUUUUUAGAGCUGAAACAAUUGAGGGAGAAAUACAUGAGGAAAACUCAAAUAGAAAGCCUGUGAAUGUUUAUAUUUAGUUAUAUCGAAACCCAUAUCUCAUAUACACGUAUAACUGUGUCGGUGGAGGUCGUGAGGCAGUGCGUGUCAGUAUUUAGUGUUUGUUUAUAGUAUUAGUGGAACUCAAAGGCCCGGAUUCACUCUCUUCACCAACCUGGGAAUAUGAGACGGAUGCCACAAUGACGUCUAGAUUUGGAAAAACAUACAGCCGAAGAGGAGGAGAUGGGACCUCCAAGUUUGACGAGGUUUUGUCCAAUAAAAGGGCCACGCUCAGCACCAAAUGGGGUGAGACGACUUACAAGGCCAAGGUGGGAGCAAAGAGGCCUGGUUUAAAGACUGAGUUGACAGAUCAGACCAAGAGGUCCAAGGUCUCAGAAGGUGAUGGCUCAGAGGAUCCGUUCGGAUUCGACAGUGAUGACGAAUCCAAGCCGGUCACGUCUCGUAGCGUAGCCCAGUCUAAACCCAAAGUGUCGUCCACAGGGGGCUCCCAGGCCAGUCUGACGCUGGAGCCCAACAGUAGGGUGAACCAGCCUGCCAGCGUGGAGGCUGUGGCCCCCAGCAGGGCCCCUUUCACUCUCAGCAGUGAGAGAAGUGCUCACAAAGUGCCAGAGGACCCUGGGAAAUUUUUCAAUACCUCUACCACAGGGAAGACCACAAAUUGGUCCACUGAGAGCACUGACCAACACAGCUAUUUAUGGUACAAAAACCCUUCUGAAAGCGACACGAGACCUUAUGCUCAGACUACCACGUUAAAGUCUGAAAAAACAGAUGACAAGGAUUCUUAUGAUGCCUGGAGCACUGUGGUCGGACUGGGGGCACGCUCCACACCCGUCUUUACCGGACAUAAAAACCCUCCAUCUACCUUGUGGGCAUCCAGUAGUUACAGUCGCAGCAACAUUCAGGGCACAUCCUCCACUGAGACUCGGUUAGAAGAGUUUGCCCAAGGGAACUUUAAUGUUCCUGUUGAGCCAUCUGAAAGCGAGGACCACUCUCAGUCUCUUCUCAGGGCAUCCAACUGCAGAACGUAUUGCAGACCCAGUAAAGGCAAACAGCCUGGUGGAGCUGAUGGGAGUGGAAGUGCUUCCAGUCAUAGCUCCAUGGAAACGUUGCAGAACAGCGGGGCCGAAAAUGCUGGGAAAACAACGAGUAGAGGUCGGACGAGAGACUACACAGUGCUGCAUCCGUCUUGUGUUUCCAUGUUUAACGUCACCUUCCAGGACUCCAUGGACCGCAGUAUGGAGGAGUACGUGGCCAGCGCCCCAGCGGCUAGUCCAGGAGAUGCAGGAAGACUGAAGAAGAAAACCGAGAUAGAAAUCAAACCUCUCAGCCGUUCCAAACCCACACAGAGCAAGAUGAAGAGCAGUAAGCUGGAGCUUUUUGGGUUUGAUGAUGCUGAUGUUGUGGUUGAGGAUGACGACCCUGCUUCAGGAAGUUCUAACUACAGGAUCAAGUACUUUGGCUUUGAUGAACUCAGUGAGAGUGACAGUGAGGAAGGCGAGGGAUCCUCUGAAAGAAGGAAAGCCAAGAGGAAGGCUGCGGCAGCUGUAGCAGUGCCACUGGUGUCCAUAGAGUCAGGUGUUGACAGUCCUCAGCCCAUGGAGAUGCAGGACUCUCAGAGCAGUCACACUGCAGAUGACAGUCACUGCCUUAAAUAUGAUCCUCUGGAGUUCCCAGAGGUCCCCUUCCCGUCUGAAACAGUGAGGAAACCUCAGGUCAAAGCUCAGGAGAAAGCCAAGGAGGGCAGCAGGAAGAUCUUCAGUGGACCCAAGAAGUCGCCUACUAAAGCUGUGUAUAAUGCAAGACACUGGAACCAUCCAGAGCCAGAAGAACUGCUACCCACGCCUCCAUCACGAUCUCAAGCUCCUCCAGCUGUUUCAUCAGGAGGCAGUAAAGAGUCGAACUCAAACAAGGACGACGGAGUGUUCAAAGCUCCAGCCCCUCCUCCCAAAGUCACCAAGUCCACCACCAUCCCCACAGAACCUUACCAGGACAUGGUCACUGCUCUCAAAUGUAGGAAAGAACACAAAGAGUUGUACACCGUUGUCCAGCAUGUGAAACACUUCAAUGACGUGGUAGAGUUUGGUGAGAAUCAGGAGUUCACCGAUGACUUUGAGUAUCUUGCCACUGGUCUGAAGACUGGUCAACCCCUUAACACACGCUGCCUUAGUGUUAUUAGUUUGGCCACAAGAUGCGCCAUGCCCAGUUUCAGGAUGCACCUGAGGGCUCGUGGGAAAGUGGCUCAGGUCUUUAAAACUCUCAGUGAUGCACCUCAACAUUCAAAUCUAGCUUUGUGUACAGCCUCUCUUAUGUACAUUCUCAGCCGAGACCGCUUGAACAUGGACCUGGAUCGGGCCAGUUUGGAUCUAAUGAUUCGUUUACUGGAAUUAGAACUGGACAAAUCCAUUGCUGAUCAGUUGACGACAAAAGAGAUGAACAAAGUGAAAGAAAAGAUUCGCAAACUCUGUGAAACCGUCCACAAUAAGCAUCUCGACUUGGAGAAUAUCACGACGGGACAUUUAGCCAUGGAGACGUUGUUAUCGUUGACGUCAAAGAGAGCGGGGGAUUGGUUUAAAGAAGAACUCCGGCUUCUGGGAGGCCUGGACCACAUUGUUGAUAAAGUUAAAGAGUGUGUGGAGAACCUGAGCCGAGAGGAUGAUAAGGAGAACCUUGUGGCGUCAUUGUGGGGGGCUGAGAGAUGUCUUCGUGUUCUAGAAAGUGUAACCGUUCACAAUCCAGAAAACCAGGCUUACCUGAUUGCGUACAAGGACUCUCAGCUCAUAGUGUCUUCAGCAAAGGCCUUAUGGCACUGUGAGGAGAUGAUCCAGAGGUACAGUCGAGAGGUGAACAGAGGCCUGUGCUCGUCAGGCACACCGCUACCUUACUGCAGCAACAGCAAUGUGGGGAAAGCUGUAGAAGACUGUAUGCGAGCCAUCAUUGGAGUCCUGUUAAAUCUCACACAUGAUAACGAAUGGGGCAGCACAAAGACAGGAGAGCAGGAGGAGUUAAUCAUCACAGCGCUGAACUGUGUGCUCAGGGUCCCACAGUACCUACCGCAGGAGCAGAGGUUCGAUAUCAGAGUCCUGGGUCUGGGAUUGCUCAUUAAUCUGGUGGAGUACAGCGCAAGGAACAGACACUGUCUAGUGGAGCUGCAGAUGGAGGGAAGUGAUGUCUGGGACUCCAUGUGUGUGUCUGACAAAGAGGAGUUGCAGACUGAGAGAUCUCUCGGUGCCAUUGCUGCUUUGGUGAAGCUUUUCCUUCAGAGAGAGCAUGCGGCCAUUUUGGCAGAGGCGGAGACAGAUGACUUCAUCAACGAUGCACCAAAGCCCCAAUUGGAUCAGAGCGGAGAAUGGAAAGAAACCAAUGAAGAGAUUCAGUGGGUGGCUUCAGAAAACAACAACCAAGGAGAACAGGACAAGAAGAAAGAGGAGGAGGAUGAGGAACUUGAUCUCAACAAAGCUCUUCAGCAUGCUGGCAAGCACAUGGAGGACAGUAUUGUGGCAUCAUACACUGCACUGCUUUUGGGCUGUCUGUGCCAGGGGAGCCCUAUGAAUGUGACUACUGUGAGGGAGAACUUGCCAAAAGGGGAUUUUUCGGUCAUGACAGAGAUGCUGAAGAAGUUCUUGAAUUUCAUGAACCUUACAUGUGAUGUGGGCACCACGGGGCAGAAGUCUAUCUCCAGGGUCAUUGAUUAUCUGGAACACUGUUAGUGUUAUUAUGGAGCUCCACGCACAGACCUCAGCGCACCCCCGCCCUACCCGACACAUCUGGAGAUCAUCCCAUCAGUACCUUCCUCAUUCAGACUGUAAAGAAUUAAGUUUAAAGCACAUCACACAUGGAACUCUAUUAAAAAGACCUGUUUUGAUUGAGUUUGUCACAAGUUGUUCAUCUGUUUCGUCUUCAAAUGUUUUCGUCACGGCAUAAUUGAAAAGUGUUUCUCACAUCACAACCCUCCUUAAUCUGCCGUCUAUUGAUCAGUUGCCUUGAAAGUUUGUUUUCAUUGGCAGAAAUAGAGUAGCUUUGAUAGAACUUGUUAAAGGAUGUCUUCCCCUCCGUUAAAUUCCACUUGCAAGUCUGUAAAUUCAAGAGCGCUCAACCGAUUGGAGGGUGAAUCCAAACCAGCAUUCGCAAUUCUGUUCCUCUUUGAAAAGCCGUGAAGACAUGCCCUCCUGGUUCAAAUCUUCACUUCAGGUUGUGCUCCUUUUGGGUUGCACAAGUUCGUAUUUAAACAAUAGCGCUGUGUCAAAGGUCUGCAAAUGAUUAAAUUACAUCGCUUUCCAUUUCGCAAGGACACGAAAGGGACAAAGUGUUUUUGGAAUGUUUUAGUAAUUGUGACUCAUAACCAUAUAGUCCAAAUGCCAUAACAUUAACUGUGAACUUAACCCUGAUUUUCAAACAUUAUAAGGCUCAAAAUCAACUGUAAAACUUGUUCAUAUCAUACAACAGCUUGGCUGCAUAAUCGUAUUGUCCAUGAGAGAGAUGAUUUGGGUUUGGGUCAUGCCUACAUGGUAACCCAGGUUCUGUGAAAAUUCUUGUGCAUGUGCUGCUACUGUGGUUUGUUUAGAGCCAAAGUUGCUGUGAGAAUAAACGUUAAACGCAGUUUUACAGAACACUGGUUACCAUCUAGCAAUAGACUUGAUGCUCAACAACUAAACUGAGCCACGCAACACACUUUCAUCCCACAUUUCACUAGUUUGUGUCAUAAAAGCUGAAUUUGUCCCUUGUUUAUGAAUGACUGAUUGUUUAUUAUUUUUUUUAAGCGCUUGACGUCUCUUUGAUAAAGGCAGUCCAAUUUUGACCCAAACCAUUCUCGUCUUCACAAGUUUGUGUUUUCUGAAGCUCUCCAUUGUUUGUUCGCCUCUCAAGUGAUCACCCUCAAUAGUAAGCUUUACGGAGGCUCAUUUUAAUGUCAGAUGCUCAAGACUUUUUGCUUCCAUUGUCACCCCUCUAAUGGGCGUAGACUGAAAUAACUUUGUUUUCAAUGCACACAGCUUGGCAAAAGCAAAUCUUGGGUCAUUUGUUCCCCUCUCACUGCUUAACUGUUUUUAAUUUGACUCUGUUACACAAAACAUUAUGAGUUGAGUAUUUUGUAGGUGGUCAGUGUCGAAAUAUGGGGGGGGGGCUGAAUGAAGCAACCUGAACUGUAAAUAUUUGUGUAAAUAUUGGCUGUUGGAGAACUAGAUAGACUACUUUUCUGAAUUCAAUUGUUUUAUUUUAUACUGCAUUUUUCUCAGUUGUGUUCUUUGAGGUAAGCGUUAUCGAAAAGCCAACUGCAGGAACAUGAAAUUUGUACCAAUUUCAAAAUAAUGUCUUUGGUUACUUGUACAUAAUUUUAACGCAAAUAAAAAUUGCUACUUUCAGUA